AGCCCCGCUUGCGGACGGAGAAGACAAAAGAACAUCAGCGCACCCUGGACUCCUCCCGGGAGGAACCCCAUCGGGAGGACCCCUUAACAAGCCUAGGCCAAGGGGCACUGACCACAGGAAGGAAAGCUAAAUAUGUCUGGGGCCCCAGAUGCCUUCUUAUUGGAAUUGUGCCCCAUCCAGUGGCAGUAAGCCAAGAGAAAUGAGAGCGAGACCUACAGGUAGAAAAAAUGAGACAUAGAGAGAGACACAGGAAAUCACAAGAGGAAUAGAGGCUGAGCGAGACACACACACAGAGGCACAGAAAGAGACAGAGAGGGAAAUAGAAAGUCAAGGAAAGAGUGAUCAGAGAAAGACACACACACACACACACACACACACACACAGAGUGACAGAGACAGAGAGACAGAGAGACAGGAACUUCUCCGCCCUCAGCAACUGCCAUCUCCCUGGGGCUGUCUCUCUCAGUUUCCACCGGGCCAACCUUCUCUCCUGGGCAAGGGGCGCAGCGCGGGUCCCCCUCGGGGCCAGCAGAGGCCUGGGCACCACCAGAGAUGGGAAGAGAAAGUGGUCGCUGUUGCCCAAUCAGCGCGUGUCUCCGCCACCCGGGACGGUCUACCCGUCGGCCAAUCGCAGCUCAGGGCUCCUGACCAAGCUUUGGGUAAAAGAACUAAUAAAUGCUCCCGAGCCCGGAUCCCCGCACUCGGUGUCACCACAGGAGGAGACUCAGGCAGGCCGCGCUCCCGCCUCACCAGGCUCCCCGGCUCGCCGUGGCUCUCUGAGCCCCCUUUUCAGGGACCCCAGUCGCUGGAACAUUUGCCCAGACUCGUACCAAACUUUUCCGCCCUGGGCUCGGGAUCCUGGACUCCGGGGCCUCCCCGUCCUCCCCUUUCCCGGGUUCCAGCUCCGGCCUCUGGACUAGGAACCGACAGCCCCCCUCCCCGCCUCCCUCCCUCUCUCUCCAGCCGUUUUGGGGAGGGGCUCUCCACGCUCCGGAUAGUUCCCGAGGGUCAUCCGCGCCUCGCUCGCCUUUCCGUUUCGCCUUCACCUGGAUAUAAUUUCCGAGCGAAGCUGCCCCCAGGAUGACCACGCUGGCCGGCGCUGUGCCCAGGAUGAUGCGGCCGGGCCCGGGGCAGAACUACCCGCGCAGCGGGUUCCCGCUGGAAGUGUCCACUCCCCUCGGCCAGGGCCGCGUCAACCAGCUCGGCGGCGUUUUUAUCAACGGCAGGCCGCUGCCCAACCACAUCCGCCACAAGAUCGUGGAGAUGGCCCACCACGGCAUCCGGCCCUGCGUCAUCUCGCGCCAGCUGCGCGUGUCCCACGGCUGCGUCUCCAAGAUCCUGUGCAGGUACCAGGAGACUGGCUCCAUACGUCCUGGUGCCAUCGGCGGCAGCAAGCCCAAGGUGACAACGCCUGACGUGGAGAAGAAAAUUGAGGAAUACAAAAGAGAGAACCCGGGCAUGUUCAGCUGGGAAAUCCGAGACAAAUUACUCAAGGACGCGGUCUGUGAUCGAAACACCGUGCCGUCAGUGAGUUCCAUCAGCCGCAUCCUGAGAAGUAAAUUCGGGAAAGGUGAAGAGGAGGAGGCCGACUUGGAGAGGAAGGAGGCAGAGGAAAGCGAGAAGAAGGCCAAACACAGCAUCGACGGCAUCCUGAGCGAGCGAGCCUCAGCACCCCAAUCAGAUGAAGGCUCUGAUAUUGACUCUGAACCAGAUUUACCACUAAAGAGGAAACAGCGCAGAAGCCGAACCACCUUCACAGCAGAACAGCUGGAGGAACUGGAGCGUGCUUUUGAGAGAACUCAUUACCCUGACAUUUAUACUAGGGAGGAACUGGCCCAGAGGGCGAAGCUCACCGAGGCCCGAGUACAGGUCUGGUUUAGCAACCGCCGUGCAAGAUGGAGGAAGCAAGCUGGGGCCAAUCAACUGAUGGCUUUCAACCAUCUCAUUCCCGGGGGGUUCCCUCCCACUGCCAUGCCGACCUUGCCAACGUACCAGCUGUCGGAGACCUCUUACCAGCCCACAUCUAUUCCACAAGCCGUGUCAGAUCCCAGCAGCACCGUUCACAGACCUCAACCGCUUCCUCCAAGCACUGUACACCAAAGCACGAUUCCUUCCAACCCAGACAGCAGCUCUGCCUACUGCCUCCCCAGCACCAGGCAUGGAUUUUCCAGCUAUACAGACAGCUUUGUGCCUCCGUCGGGGCCCUCCAACCCCAUGAACCCCACCAUUGGCAAUGGCCUCUCACCUCAGGUAAUGGGACUCCUGACCAACCACGGUGGGGUACCUCAUCAGCCCCAGACUGAUUACGCGCUCUCCCCUCUCACCGGGGGUCUGGAACCUACCACCACGGUGUCGGCCAGCUGCAGUCAGAGACUAGACCAUAUGAAGAGCUUGGACAGUCUGCCAACAUCUCAGUCCUACUGUCCACCAACCUAUAGCACCACAGGCUACAGUAUGGACCCUGUCACAGGCUACCAAUAUGGGCAGUAUGGACAAAGUGCCUUUCAUUAUCUCAAGCCAGAUAUCGCAUAAGUGAACUGUCCACUUGGAGCUAAAACUGGCCCUGUUUCUGGUCUUCGCAGCCUAGAUAUGAAGAAUCUGCUCUGAAAACAAAAAAAAUUACCCUUUUGUUGGGGGGGGUGGGGCGGUGGUCCCAAUAGGAGACAAAGGAGAGUGAUUGAUUUUCUUCCUCCAAUAGUUGGUUUCAAAUCCUUUUGAACACGUUCGACAAAAGCAGUGGAGAAGAGGAAGACCUGGAGCAAUAAAAGACAAAUGCAACAUUUUAAGGCAAUAGUUUCACGUGGUUACAUAUCAAAACAUCCCAAUUCUUUAGUGCUGAUCAUCGAGGAGCUAGAACAUUCCAUUUGCUUGUGUGCGUGCAUGCGUGCGUGUGUGUGUGUGUGUGUGUGUGUGUGUAUUGAGAUUUACCCAGACUGGUUUGGGCAAGCAGACUGUUCUAAAAUAUAAUAGAAUACCCUAAAGUAGAACAUGUCGAUGUUCGAUGCUGAUACUUCUACAACUUUAAAACUGCUCACUUCAUGAAGCAAGAAUGGAGGAAUCCUUGACUCUUACACACUGGAAAUUGAAAUAAAGAUAAAUGCAACCAUUUUUAGGAAGUUAGACUAGCUGUAAAGGACCUCCUAAAUAAAUUAUUUGUUACUGUA